AUGAGCUCAGACGCCACAAACGGUCAGGCCGAAAGCGGCAGAUAUGAAAGAACCAAUUCGCAGGCGGAGAACCCGUUCGCGAGUUUGAUCCCAGACCAGCAGAUUGCUGUCAUACCCUCCUUCACCCUUGAGUCUGGUGUAAGACUCCAGAAUGUGCCCGUUGCAUAUACCACCAAGGGCAAGCUGUCUCCCAACGGGGACAACGCUAUGGUUAUUUGCCAUGCCUUGACAGGAAGCGCCGAUGUCAGUGACUGGUGGGGCCCGCUGCUCGGUGGCGACGGAAGAGCCUUUGAUCUGUCACGCUUCUUCGUGGUCUGCAUGAACAGCCUGGGUAGUCCAUACGGCACCGCCAGCCCAGUGACGGCCAAGGAUGGGGACAUUAACAAUGGCCGAUAUGGCCCUGAGUUCCCUUUGACCACAAUACGCGACGACGUCCGACUCCUUCUCGACGACCUAGGCGUCAAGCAGGUAGCCGCUGUCAUCGGUGGUUCGAUGGGUGGUAUGCUAGUCCUCGAGUGGGCUUACUUUGGAAAGGACUAUGUCCGCUCGAUCGUGCCCAUUGCGACGUCGAGUCGUCACAGCGCCUGGUGCAUCAGUUGGGGCGAAGCUCAAAGACAGAGCAUCUAUGCCGACCCCAAGUAUGAUGAUGGUUAUUAUCCAUUCUCUGAUCCGCCGACCACCGGGCUCGGGGCUGCCAGAAUGUCAGCUCUCUUGACAUACCGCAGUCGCAACUCUUUUGAGACCCGCUUCGGCCGCAAUAUCCCGGAUCCAUCGAGGCGCCAAACAAUCAGGGAUAUCCAACGGCCCAGCACUCCAUCAGAGACUCACUUCAACAUCCACAAUGACGGCCACAAGAUCAAUCGACCAGUGAACUCUCGAAGAACCAGCCAAAAUAGCCAGGCAGGUGAGAGUGGCCCGGCAAAAGUCGCCGCCGCCGCCGCCGCCGAUGCAGCGGAACAAACGUCAGACCCUCAAUUCCACGGGCCGAAAUCCGACGGUCUCACCGGCGGUGAUAGUGUGCCGACGUCGACGUACUUCUCGGCGCAAUCUUAUCUCCGAUACCAGGGAGAGAAAUUUGUGAAGCGGUUCGACAGCAACUGCUACAUAGCGAUUACCAGGAAACUCGACACGCACGAUGUCUCACGGGACCGGGCAGCCAGCGUCCCGGAAGCUCUGGCUCUGAUCGAGCAGCCCGUGCUCGUCCUAGGCAUUGAGAGCGACGGCCUUUUCACGUUUGCCGAGCAGCAGGAAAUCGCAGAGCACAUCGGAAAUUCCAGGCUCGGGAAGAUCGACAGUCCUGAAGGCCACGACGCCUUCUUGCUACAAUUUGAGCAAGUCAACAAAUAUAUCCUCGAAUUUCUCCACGAGGUUCUCCCCGACAUCAUGCAGAAAGGAGGUAAUACUGCGGUUGCGGAGGCGUCCGUUGGUCAGCUCACCAAGAGCAGCACUUUUGGCGAAGCUGAAGUAGAAGACAUUACUGCAUGGUAG